AUGGCAGAUCGAGGUGUAAGUGCACAUAAACUCACAAGCCAUCCGCGCCCUUCUUUAGCUCGCUCACAACGCACCACUCAACAGGGAUCGCGUGUAGGAGGCCGAGGUGGCGGUAGCAGAGGCGGUCGGGCGGGAGGCGGCGCUGGAAGAGGCGGUGGACGAGGAGGUGCAUCAGGAUCGGGCGCUGCGGGUGCCUCAGCAGUCUCUGGACCUGAAAGACCGAAGAGAGAGGCUAUCCUGGACUUGGCAAAAUACGUCGAUAAGAGGAUCAGGGUCAAGUUUACGGGAGGUCGUACUGGUGAGCAGACGUACAGUCGACACGACUCUUGAAGAUGGAGAGACAGGAAAACUGAAGGCUGUACACCAUCCUUGAUGUUUUCCUUUGAUCCAGUCAUUGGCGUCUUGAAGGGAUACGAUCAGCUUUUGAAUUUGGUGAUGGACGAAGUGGAGGAGUACAUCAUUGGUGAGGCAGUACGCCGUUACAAUGUCGAUUCGUGUGUCACUCGCGCUCACAGACACGUUCUCCUGGCUGCCAUACACAGACCCCGAGAGCGGGGAAGCGACGGAACAGACUCGAGCGCUGGGCUUAGCGGUGCUGAGAGGAACAGCUUUGAUAGUCAUCAACCCUGCAGAUGGCUUCGAACAGAUCUCCAAGUGAGCGAAAGGAACUAUAGGCGUCUCGUGACAUUCACAGUGCAGCGUGCACGCUCGUCGCAAGUCAUCCGGAGCUGACUCAAAUAAUCCUUUUCGUCUGAUGCGCGCAGCCCUUUCGCGGCGCCAGAGUAG